ACAAGGUGUCAUUAUAAUGUCAUCGCAAAAAGUACUUCAGUCGAAUGUUCAAUUGAAAAAAACUUCAGCGCAGGAAAUCUCAAAAGAGGAAGAAACUCAGUCAGAGGAAAGUGAUUUAGAAGAAACACCGAAGGUUCCUCACAACCAGAUAUGGCAGGAAAUUUUAAAGGAAAGCGAAGAAAACCGGAAUGAAAUAGAUUCAUUUCGACAGACUAAAAUUACUGAGUGUCCGAUACCCGACAACCCUGCUACGACCAUUUUAAAAUACCAAAUAUACCCUUUUUUAAAGUACAUCUUAUUGGAGACAAUGACCAAAGCAAAAGAGAAAGGAUUGUGUUUGAGAUGCACUUUCAAUCCAAUCGAUUAUAUCGCUGAAAUGUAUUGGAACUUAAAUCCGAAAUAUCCCGAACGCAAGGAUAAUUGGAUGUAUAUUUUUGAUAUGCCUUGGGUUGAGGAUUGGUUAGAAGAACAUCCUAGACCGAUUUUCCCAUUUUCUUAUGUGUGGAGUUACGAAUAUGCUGCCAUCAAAAUUCAAGCGUACAUGAAAGGAUACUGGGUACGACGCGAACCCGAAGUCCAGGAAAUGAGAAAAUUCUGGAGAGAUUUAAAGGCAGAGCAAGAACAAAACAAUUAUGAGAACGAUGAAGUGGAAGUGUCGCAUGUUGUAAUCUCUUAAGAAAGAUACCCACUUGCUUUAUACUUAUUUCUAUUUUAAAAUAUUGAUGAUUUUAAUUAUA